AUGAGCUGGCAAAAUGAUUCUCCUUACUCCCGGCAUGAGUUUUCCAGCAAGGCCGCCGCACCCUCCAGCUCAUCCUUUGCUUCUAACUUCUUCCGACGAGCCCGCCGAGCAUCUCUCACAAGAAACUUUAGAAAGUCCGUAUCCUUCGCAGAUCCUCUUGAGGCAGAACCCCCCAAAGACAAUAGCUCCGAAAAUAGUGAGGUACUAUAUAUGGCAGAUUCGAAGCGACCCCAACGCCCAAAACCACAACGUCGAACUUUGUCGACCAUGAGCAAUAGCUCUCUUGCAACUCUCGGUCAAAAUUGGGAUAGCGAGAUUGAUUCUGAUCUCGACAGCGAGGCCGAGGAAGUUUCUUGGGAUAUCAUCAACAAAGAAAUACAUGAAUGGCAAUAUGUUUGUCGUACUGGUAGACCGUUCUGGUGGUCACCUGAGUUCAAAAGUACCCGUAUGUGUCGUAUCUCCACGCUAUCUCCAAAGAAUCAUGAAGAGCGCAGCACACGAGCUUGGAUGAGAGAUAUUACAGACAACUCCAGACCGCACCUAAAGAAACGUUACGCCACUAUGGACGAUACCAAUUUUGCAGAUUCCAGCGAUGUACAAGAACUUGCAAAAGUGAUUGCUGUUCAACUUCUCGCAGCUUGUUUCACUUUAGCGCCAGAUUAUCUUGUACCUCUUCCGUCGACUCCAACAUCAUACACAGGAAAGGAGACUCGAAACUACCAGAUUCUAGGAUGA